CGACGUGCUAUUUUAGUUAGGGGUCUGGCAGGCCCCCAUAGGUUUAAUAACUAAAAUUUUCAUGUAUGUUAUUGUUUAAAAAAAACUUUACUAUGUAUCGCUUAUAUAUCUAGUUGUUGUAUCUGUUAAACAAAAUAUAGAAGUUAAAAUAUUUAUUUAAUAGUUAAAAACAUUUACAUUGCAGCUUCACAUUAUUUGAGCAAAAAUUGAACUCCUAACAUAAUUUGAGAUUUAUUAUUAAAUAAACAAACAUUUUUCCUAAAAAUACUUUUUUCUUAAAGAUUAAUAACCAAGCUAACAAUAAAAAUGAAAAUUUAAUAAACAGUAAACCAGUUUUUUUUAAAUCACAAGGCACCAAAUUGUAGAAAGUACCAAAGGUUAUAAAUGAAAUUGAUCUCAAUGAAUAUUUCUUGCUCCAUUCCUUCAUUUCCAAACCCUUCCAAUACUGAUGCAAAAUUAUUACUCUCAAUGGAGAAAAAAUUGGGUCGGUAUCCUCUGAGCUGGACCCUGAGCUCUCAUUGAGCCAUUUCGUUCAUGGUCUUAAAUUUAAGGCGUUUUUUGUUUUUUUUUUUAGGGUUUCUAACGCGCGUAGUACAAAAAAAGUAAAAAAAAAAGUAGUGUCAACUAAGCAGAACAAAUUAUUUUCAUCUUAAAAGAACAUAAAAUAUAGAAUUUAAUACCCAAAAUAAAAAAAAAAUUUGGAACCCGCAUUUUUUUUUAAUUAAUUAAAUAAAAUAUAUAUUUUUUCAUUAGCUGACUACAUUAAUUAUGUAUUAAUUUUUAUCAUAGGAACAUGCUUGUAACUGACAGACAGUCAGUAAUCUACGCGCAGUAAAGUUCGUUUAUGGCGUUUUUAAAACAAUUUUAGGAUUGUCUUUUGUUUAAUGCAUAUCUGUCUACGAUUUAAUGUUUUAAAAGAAAGAACUUAUCAAGAGUAUCUCAAAUAUUUUUUUUUUGUAAUUUUUAAAUAGUUUUUUUGUAGAGAAUAGAAUACAAUGAGAACGUUUCCUAAAGGACUGCAGCUGGGUGUAGCGACGGCAGCUUACCAAAUAGAAGGAGCUUGGAACACUGCAGAUAAAACACCACACAUCUGGGAUACAAUGUGCCACAACAACCCGGAGUCUAUAAAGGACAGAACAAACGCUGACGACGCGUGCAAAUCUUUUGAAUUCUACAAACGCGAUAUAGAAAUGCUGAAAUUCCUUGGUGUACAAUUCUACAGAUUUUCCAUUUCAUGGACUAGGGUUUUACCCACUGGUUUUGCGAACAAAAUCAGUGAGACGGGAUAUGAAUACUACAACAAUAUUAUAAAUGACCUUGUUGCUCUAAACAUUGAGCCUGUGGUCACAAUGUACCACUGGGAUCUGCCGCAGAACCUUCAAGACUUAGGCGGUUGGGCCAAUCCACUGAUCGUAGAAUGGUUCGGUGACUAUACGAGAGUUUUAUAUAAACUGUUUGGUGAUCGUGUCAAAACAUGGAUAACGAUAAAUGAACCGAAGCAAAUUGGAUUAUUUGGCUACGGGGGGAAGAGAAUGGCCCCGCAACUGAAUGCUUCCGGUGUUGGUGAAUACCUGGCGGCGAAGAAUCUCGUCUUGGCUCACGCGAGAGCUUGGCAUAUCUAUGAUGAGGAGUUCAGGGAUGUUCAAAAAGGCGUUUGUGGCAUUACAAUAGCCUCCGACUUCCGAGACGCCGUAACAGACUCUGCGGAGGACGUCGAAGCAGGACUAGACGCUGUGCAGUUCGAGAUCGGCUUGUACAGCCAUCCCAUAUUCUCUUCAAAGGGUGGAUUCCCAGAUCGUGUUGUCAAACGCGUUGCUGCUAAAAGUGCUGAGCAAGGGUACUCAAGAAGUAGAUUGCCUGAAUUUACCCUAGAAGAAAUAGAAUACGUGAAAGGUACCAGUGACUUCUACGGUUUUAACCAUUACUCUACAAGGUUUUACACACGAGAUACUUACAAGUCAGGAUCGAACCCCAUACCUUCGUAUGACGACGACAUCGGUGCAGAUUUCACUUAUUUGGAUUAUGAAAAGGGAGCUCUCCCUCACGUCACUGUAAUACCCCACGGUAUAAGAAAAGCACUCAAAUGGGUGAAAGACAAUUGCAACAACCCUCCAAUAUUCAUUACCGAGAACGGUUUCGGGACUUUCGGGGGACUGAAAGACCCUGAGAGGAUAUCCUACUACAUCAAAUACCUCGAUUCGAUAUUGGACGCGAUAGAAAUAGACGGUUGCAAUGUCACCAGGUAUACUGCUUGGAGUUUGAUGGAUAACUUUGAAUGGGACAGUGGACUGAGUAUCAAAUUCGGUCUUUUCGAAGUGGAUUUUAACGAUGAAAAGAAGAAAAGAACAGCGAGGUCGUCCGCUGUUUGGUACAAGAAGUUAAUCGCUACGAGGCUUUUAGAUUACAACAUUAAUGUAACUGAAUUGGAAGAACAUGUCUUUUAAAGUUUCUUUGAUCCUUUCUUAAAUACAAUACAUUUUUAUUGAAUACGAAUAUUAUGUCAUUUGA